AUGGCCUCAAGCGUGAUGAAGAUGACGCCUUCUUCUUUGACAUCAACCCACAAUAUUUUGGAUUAUCUUCGCACGAAGAAAAUUGCGUCGCCAGAGAACCCUGCAGAAUUGCCAAAGGUUCCAAGAGACGAAGUGAAAAAUUUGAACACUCUUGUCGGGUAUCUCGGCCUGAGUGAUGAAAUCAUAGUGCCUGUCGAAGAGACUAUUGAAAUCGUCCCCACUGAGAUUGUGCGGAGCGAGAAAUUUAAGUUACACAGCCCUAGAAUUACUCUUCAGAAAGACCGGAAAGUCGCAGUUCGUGGUCCAUAUCCAGAACUUGUACUUUGCCAGACAUAUCCAUGGCAUCAAUAUGUUCUUGGUGAAAAUAGUUACCAACAAGGGAUUGUACGUCUGAAAUUGAAGUUGGAAUCAUUUCAAAGUAAUCAUUGGAUGUUUGUUGGCAUCGUGAAAGGGGAUGGUCCACAACAAAUUGAACAAAAUAACUACAGUUCAUAUGAAUGGCCUGGUUCGUAUGGAUGGGCACUCGGGAUGACUGGUCAAGUAUGGAAAGGGGCAAAUACAAUUGAGAAUACUUUAAAAAAUCUCACCAAGGCAGGUGACACAGUUGAGUUAGUCUUGGAUUGUGAUGGAGCCAAGCUGUCACUUCAUUUGCCCACUGGUCAGCAAUUUCACAUUGAUAUACCAAAGUCCCAAGCCUGGAGACUGAAUGUAAAUAUGUUUCGCCAAAAUGACAAAAUACACAUUAUUGAAUAA